UUGGUGAAUUAAUAAGAAUUAAACAUCUCAAUAAUAAAUUGUUGCAUUACACACGCCCACCAGCAGAUGGCAGUGUAGUUUAUGACUACUGGACAAAACUUAAACUUUGUGCAGAAACCGGUUAAUAAUGUAUUUAUUAUAUCUACGUGUGCUAGACAUAUAUUUCUUUUGUAUGAAUUUUUAAAACGGUCUAUUUUUAUAUAAUUUAAAAUGAAAUACUGAUUUACUUAGGAUAUAAAGAAUGCCUUUGUUUAUCGUAAAAUUAAUCUACAAUUUCUAAGGAUGUAUUUGAGUUAUUUUUGCUUUUUUAAUAUAUUUUUUUAUAUUUUAGGUUGAAAUAUAUGCCGAUGUUGCUGUAAAACAGUGUUGGAUUCAAAGCAGGAUUAAUUUCCCCGCCAGAAUAAAUAGCAUUAACGCUGAGGUGGUGGCUCUCUGAAGUGGAAUGUUUUCCUCUGGACUUUGUGACACACCAGGUGAAGCGAAUGUACCGCCAGCUCGAGGAGCGCGUGCUCUUCUCCUCCCAUCAUCAAGGGCGCACGCGCGCGCCCUCUCCGGCAUUUCUACAGAAUCCAGUUCCAGCGAAGCCCCGCCACGGUUGGCCCUCCUGCCGGAGCUUGUCCUGCUCCUCCGCGGGCGGAAGGCGGUGAUGCUCCUCCGCUGAUGAACUGAAGGGAUCCGGAUUCAACCUUGGAGGAGGGCGUCUGCGGCGUGACUCCGCGCGGCGGGAGGGAUAGGGCAGAGCGGAGGCGCACAGUGAUGAGGGGGGUAAACAUUGCCAUGCCCUGCCUCAUGCGGAGCUCCAUCGACUCCCUGCGCGCGUUCCUCUAGCCCGGGACGAGGGGCUUUAUGUCCGAGGAGUACCGGGCGCCUUGCUGUUGAAGUUGUUUUUUUGGGGAGGGGUCCGGGCGAAGUUGCGUUCGGGAUGGCUGCAGCGGGCCGCGGUUCCCGCUGAAGCCUACUACUUCAUGCAUCCUUCAUCCUGACUUUGCUGGAGCGCGGCAAUGCUGCAGGCGGAAUCCCGCGACUUAUUCCCAACCUGAGAUCCACCUUCCGGGAUUUCAUGCUGCCCAGAUUAUCUGAUAUUGAGGAGAAGUUGGACUUUUAGAUGAAGAGCAUAUGGGACUCCCAUGGCUCUUGUAGCUCCAAACUGAUCAGACACUCACAGGAUGUGAUCUGCUGUUGAUGUUUGAUGAUCAAAGUAUCUGCAGGCAAAGAUCAAAGCCGCCUCUGCAUGACUGCUGGGUGGGACCCGCAUCCUGAUCUCCAGAGUUCACGCUGAUCCAUCACCAUGGGAGCCAAGCAGACCAAAGGCCAGGAGUCUGGAGGAGCCAGUCCUCAGCACAGCUGGAGGAGGACACCCACCAAGGAGCGUGGAGACAUGCUGGCCUCCCUCAUGCUGAGGUCAGGAGACCGGCUGACCCGCGGGGGGUCACCACCACCUCCUUAUCAGCGCCGGAUUGGAAUGAUCCAGGAGAUGAUGCUCAUGGCCAAGCAGGGCAAACAGGACGAGGCUACAGAGAUGCUGAAGAUGCUGCGACAGGACUUGGGGAUGGAAUCGACUUCACUAGAUGAUGUGUUGUAUCGCUACGCCAGCUUCAGAAACCUGGUUGAUCCCAUCACCCAUGACCUGAUCAUCAGCCUGGCGAGAUACGUCCACUGCCCUAAGACAGAGGGAGACUCUCUGGGAGCGAUGGAGAAGGUCUGCCGUCAGCUGACCUACCACCUCAGCCCACACUCUCAGUGGAGGAGGCACGGUCUGCUGAAGCGGAAGCCGCAGGCCUGCCUGAAGGCGGUUCUGUCGGCUCCACUGGCCAGCGGCGCCCUGGAUCUGUCCGGCAUCCCUCUGACGGCCCGAGACAUGGAGCGCCUAUGCGCUCAUCUGCAGCGGCAUGCGGCCACUGUGGUCAGCUUGGAGCUGGGCUUCACUGAGCUGACCGACGAGGCCUUCCUUCUGCUGCUCCCCACUCUGGCCGCUCUGCCUCACUUGGAAACUCUGACGCUGAACGGAAACCGCUUGACCAGAGCCGUUCUGAAGGACCUGACGGAUGCUCUGAAGGAUCCAAACAGCUUCCCGAGUGUGACGUGGAUCGACCUUGGCAACAACGUGGACAUCUUCUCCCUGCCGCAGCCCUUCCUCGUCAGCCUGAGGAAGCGCUGUCCCAAACAGGGAAACCUGCCCACUAUCCUUGAGUUUGGAGAGAGCCAAGCUAGCGACCCCCCAGAGAGGCAGAGGGCCUUCGGCGAGGAGGAGGAGACGGACGACACUAACCGGACCGAGAGCAUGGGGGAGCUGCGGUCGGAGGUGGAGGAGGAGCUGGAUGGAGAGACAGAAAUAGAGGAGAUGAUGGAGGAGCUGCUGGACUUCGACAGAGAGAUUCAGGGAAAGGAUGAAGACGAGGAGAGCAUGUGGACGCUGGGGGAGCAGGGGAGAGUGGGAGAGAGGAGGAGGAGGAGACAAAGAGAGGAAGAGGACCAGAUGGCAACCCAAAGACGGCGACCGGCGAGGAAGGCGGUGAUGGCAGAGGACGAGGAUGACACGCAGAGCCGCUCCUCACGGCUGUCCUGCUCCAGCCAAUCGCAGCACGACUUGACUGACCAAUCAGAUCAUUUGACAUGAGAACUGCUUCCUGUUGCGUCUGCGCUUCCCUUCCCGUGUCCUGUCCAGCGUGGAGGAAGGUGAAACGAGACGGGGAGAAGCUGCAUGGAAUCACUGUGAAUGUUCUACUUGAAAUUCUCUCCAGUGAUGCAGUUCGUGGCCCCCAGAGCCUUGAGAUGCUGAUUGAUGCUGAGCCCAGGUGUAGCAUGAGGGGCCGAACCUCCACAGAUCGUGCUUUACGUUGAUAACAGAAAAUGCAAAGAACAGACUCAUGAGGCUUUUAUGUGUGAAUUUGUCAAUCUUUAAUCAGGUCCUGUCUCCUUUUAACCCUGGAAAUACCUCCAUGUGCCUGCACCGUCUCUGGUUACUAGUUUAGGAUGAGUCCUGAGGAAAAAAAAACAAACAAGCAAAGCAAAAUGAAGAAACUAUUCAGGGCUCUUAAACAUUCUAAAAUGUGCAAAACAUCUCCUUCCUAUGCUGGGUGCCGAAAAAGGUGAAAGGACAGGCAAAAAUCCAAAGUGGAGAUAUUUCAGGAGCUCCUCGGUUGUCUCUGGACUGCUGAGGGUGGGACGUGUCAGCUGAAGCAUGAGUGGCCGACGAAAGGAGGGAAAGGAUGUUUCCCACAGCAGUAGAUGCUCUUCAUUUACCCCCCAAACCAAAUAUAAAAUAUUGAGUAGCCUUCUUCUCCCAGCCACGCUUCGCUUCGUCUUACCAAACAUUCAUCCGUGCGUCACAUGCUUACCGAGCUGAAUUUAUUUAUAGCGUGCCGCUGCAGUCUGCUGGGUGUCACCAGGUUGUGUUUUUAAUCCAGAUGUAAUCCAUCAUGCAGAGCUUUAAUAGAAAGAAUGUAUGUUCAGGUGUACAGCAUAGGCAUGUAUAUAUGUGUGGAGGAAGAACAUAUUUUUCUAUCAUUCGUCUUAAUUAUCUAGGUUAGAAGUCCAGAUGUUCAUCUGUUUUUUUCAUCUGAAAACAAAACAAGAUAACAAUAAUAAAAAAUGAAACAAUAGAAGCCGAUACACUGAUCUAGUCGCAACAAGAUGUGGAGCUUUUAUGUCAUAGAUUUAAUCCAAAUAGAAGCCAAACAGCUAAAAGAGACAUUUCAAAAUAAGAGGUUAUGUGAAUUGUAAUCUGAUUAGUCUGAAGCUACGGACACACCGUUCUUGAUGGUGUUCACAGUGGACAAGCAGGGAAGGGCUUCUUCUUCUGCUAUUUCUACUGUUAACGAAUGUGGAAAUGGUGCAUAUCUCGCAAAGCUCCAAGCUUUUUUAUCCCAAUUUACAGUAUGAAAGACUUGGGCCAAAUCCGAAUUCUUCUCCUAUCCCCACAUCCCCACUCCUACAUUCAGCCCUCCAAACGUAGAGUUAUGAAAAAAGUGUCUAUGUCUGAAUUCCUUCACUUCUCACUACAUAGUUCGUUCACCGUUUUGUAGUGCUGACUGAAUCUACAUUUCCAAAACUGAGAGCAUUAGUACUUUUCCAGAAGUCUUUGGGAAAAACCAGUGUGCAUUGAUGUUCACUACAUUAGCAAAUAUAGACCACAAUGCACUGCGUUGGAACAUUUUUGCAAAUUUAAAUGUAAUUUCUGCGUGUCUAAAUGUAAUUUUGGAAUGAACCAUCAACGUUUUUACCAUCAGAACACAGUGGAGUAAUAAAUAGAGAUCCUAAAAUGUUUGUAGAUUUUAUAGUACUACAAUAUAUAUAUAUAUAUACAUAUAUUUAUUUAAGCCAGGGAUUAGGGUGGGAAUUCGGCCUUUAAUGACAUCAUCAACAGUCGCCGGUUACCUAUGUUAGUGCGAAGCUGCUAGCACUCGGGAAAUACAUAAUAACAUCGGUUUUAUAAUGUUAAAAAGGACAUGUUAAAACAAAAAGUCAUUACCUCAAUUUAAAUGUAAACGUCUGUGCUUCAAAGCCCAAAUACAUGAAGAAAAGCGUGACGCGAAACACCCCCGCGGUGGAGGGCUCGACGCCUCUCUGCCACGAGGGUUAGCCCUUAAAAGAACUGUUUCAGGCAACCUUACCCCUCCAAACGCCCCUACACUUGACGGGGUCGGGAGAAACCGCCUUGGUGUCAUAUAAUUCUGUCAUGAUCAAAUUUCAAAUGGUUGGCACUUCCUUGAAUUGAAAGGGACGCCAUUACAUCACUACAAAAUCUGAGUCUGUGAUUGGUCAAAGUUAGAGCCAGUUCAACCUGUAACACAUUUUUUGUAUGUACAGCCUAAAACGGUUGUAGAAACUUGCAUAGCGACCCACAAAUGCGUGAGAUUUCAAUUCGGAAGUUGCGGAUCUACUUUUAAUUGGAAGUGGUUGUUUGAACAUGUGUUUCCCAGGAUGGUGUGAACGUAGCUUUAGAGAUGAAUGAGAAUGUAAUUGAUAGACUCCUCAGAACAGAAUGUUUUCAAUUUUUUUGGAUCUUUAGAUCCAUUCUGCUUGUGUUAUUACACAAACACAAGCCUGAUAGCAGCCAAUCAAAAAACACAAGGUGUACAAUGGGAGAAAACUUCCAUAUAUUGCAGUUUUGAUGCAGAAUUUGGUUUGUAAAAUUAGGAUUAGUGAUCACAGAUAUUUCCUCAAAGCCAUACGUAGUACUCUGAUCUGUUGUAAAAGUAUUCCCAGAGGUAUUUUAAUUAUGGUUAUCUAAAAACACCUGUCUCAUUUUCUAGGACAUAGUUUCUGCAGAGCAGCAGGAGCUCAUCAGAAAUUCACCUCUGAAUUGUGGCCGGGAUUGUUGGAAUUGAGCUCUUUGUUUGUCUGCAAGUGGAUACAUCAGAAGGGCCCAUACAAAAUUUUUUCUACAUCACAAAUAAGUUCUUUUACAAACUGCAUUUCUCUUCGGUUCCCGAUUCACUAUGAUUUGAAUGAAGAAAUACUCAGAAAUGCAAUUUAAAGCUUAAUUUUCUUUAUAUAUGUCCGCCAUCGUAAAAAAAAAAGCCACAAGAAAAUGUUAGGAACACCAAAAAACACAGUUUUCAUCGGAGUGGGUCUUUAAGAAAAAAGUUCAGUUUUGAAUCAGAAGUCCAGGUGAUUUUUUACUCCUGUCUUUUGCUGCAGGUGUUUGUACUCCUCUUAGACUUUUACCUGAUCAGGUGAACAGUGAAAAGCCACAAGACUCUCUCUGAGUCCUAACAAUUAGGACUGUCUACAUUCAAAUGCUUUAGAGCUUUGAUCAGAACUGGCACAACGUCAGCGUCAUAAGAGUCAUUAAUUGAAUAAAUGAUCACCAUUAUGCUUUCUGAAACAUUUAGGAAUAUUUAAUUUAUUCGUUUAGUUUUUUAGAAGUUCGUCAGGGCCACCAACCUAACCAAACAAAUGAAUCUUGAUGGUUGUAAACAUGUUCACAGCUGUGCUGAUGGAUUUAUUUGUCUAAGUCAGUCCUGCACUUUACAGUGUUUGUGUUUUUGUUCUUUUUUUUUUAAGAGUUUUCCUGUUUCAAGAACUGGUAUUUUUUCCUUUUUUUGUUUGUGUCUCACAAAAACUUUUUUUUAAUUUACAAAAAUGUUAUUUUUAUGGAAAAAUUGCAGAUAAUCAACAGUAUAUAUUAAACUAGAUUUACAGAAUAGUUUAACACUUCAGGUAAAGCCUUACAAGUCACUCAAAGUCCUUCAGUGUUGCAGCGUUUGUGCGACAGACCUUUUCUUCGCACAAAUGAGGAAGAGCGUCGCUGGUUUUGCACAUAGAUCUAAUAUCAGAGAUAAAAGAGCCUUUAAUCAUCUUUAAAAUUCAAUCCUACAAAGAUCAUUUUAUGAAGAACCCUUUAAACAGAAGCAGACUUCCUGGAUUGUUUCCAUCUAUUCAUCAAGCUGUCUGGUGAAAGUUGAGGUUCAUCCUGGACGGGUCAGCGUGUCAUCACAGGAAAACAACACUUCUCUAAAACUUUGUUCCUUUUGUCACAGCAUUGUCAUGUUAGUCUGGUGAAUGUCUGUGGAACAGUUAAUAAGUUAAUACAGUUCUCUCCAGGGUGAGUCCCAGUCUACUGCUGUCAGAAGAUCUUACAUUCUUAAUUGGAUCAAAUUAGAAACAUGAUCAUUUGAUUUUUUGAUUUUUCUGAAACAUUUUAUUUAAAACUUUCAUUGACAAAUGCAUCAUUUACUGCACCAAGAAAAAAUGUGGUCUAGCUCUCUCAUUUGUGUGGUUGCAGAAACUGUACUUGAAUCCAUGUUUCUCUCUUUCUAGUGUUGGCAAAACGACAAAUCCUUCUAGAUUAUGUAGUCAGAAUGGGAUUUACAGCACAGAAGGGCUUCUGGAUGCUUUAAAGGGAUGUUAAAAACCGCAGUCUUUCAGGAUCAGUGUCCUGUGAUUUCAGAAGUUCCUGCAGAUCAGGUGUGUGUUACCAAUCAGCCUCUGCAGGAGCAGAUGGAAGACACGGAGGCCGCCCUUAAAGACUGCAGUUUGAAAGCUGCUACAUGAAGUGGGGAAAAAACCAACAAUGUGAAGCAGAGAUGUGACCGUUGCCUUAGAUCUUCUCAUGCCCCACAGUUCAUCCAUCGUCUGCUGUAUACCUCUGUAAUAUUAUAUAUGCUAUAUUCCCUUUUGCCUCUUUCAAGUGGGUUGUUUCAAACAGAUAAUCUUGUUUUUUGUUCAAAUUGAAGAUGUAAAUAAUAUUUGCUAAUUUGCAAGGGAUCUAUUAAAUAAAUUCUAUGGUAAGAAACAAGAACAA